UGAGGGCACAGUUUGCAAACUGUGUGUGGGAGCGACGUUCAGCCUUUAGUUUGUGUGUGAUGGAGGGCUUUCCUGUCCACUGAUGCUGCAGCACUGCCCUGCAGUCAUGUCUGCAUGCAACACCUUCACUGAACAUGUGUGGAAACCAGGGGAGUGCAAAAACUGCUUUAAGCCCAAGAGCCUACACCGGCCUCCAGAGCAAGCCAAUGCUGCCAGUGAGAGCAAGACAAACAUCAGUGCCAAACUCACAAACAGCCAGAGGAGCAUUUCCUCAUCUCGUGCAGGGCAGGUCCGCCCACCUGUUGCAAAGAAGCCUACUAUUGCAGUAAAGCCUACUAUGAUGCUGCCAUGCUCCCCAGCAGGGUUGGACUCAGAGGGAAAUGUGCCAAGGCUUACAGAAGGAGCACAGGUCACUAAAAGCUCACCUUUCACUGUGUGGAACCACAACAGCCGGAAUAGCUCGAGACCCACAGGGACAAACAACAAUCAAGGGGAGGAUUUGGUCAGGCAAACAGAGGCAUAUGGUGCAAUUUCCCUGCAGCCAACUAGCAGCAAUAACAACGGACUGACGGAUGUGCUAAAAGAGAUUGCUGGCCUGGGACCUUCUCCAAGCUCAAGUAGAGAUGACUUCUUUGGCCGGAUCUGCAGUUCAUACCAGCGCUCGUUAGAGAGGGGCCUUCCAGCAUCAAGCUGCCUCCAUGCUGGGAGUAGUGGUAGAGGAGCAAUGAAACGUGUUUCCCUCAGUGACAGUGCAGAGGUCAUCAGCUCUGAGGGAGGACGUUUCUGUUAUCCAGAAUUCUCCAGUGAUGGUGACGAUGAGGAGGAUGAGAGUGGUGAUGAGGAUGACGACGAUGGAGAGCAUGACAGUUGGGAUGAAAGCGAUGAGGAGUUGCUAGCAAUGGGGAUACGGAUGCGGGGUCAACCUCGGUUCGCCAAUUUCCGUGCAGCCACACUGUCCCCAGUUCCCUUUGCUGUAGGGAAGAAGUGGAAUACCGUGCCUCUACGCAACCGUUCACUGCAACGGUUCUGUGCAGUGGAUUACGAUGACAGUUACGAUGAGAUUCUGAACGGAUACCCAUCCGUUGACUCAAAUGGAGCUCCUGCUCUUCUGUCAUACACCUCUGACCACCAGGGUAGUGGCUCUCUGUCCACUUCUGAGUCCACCACCUCGCCCGAGUCCUUGAUUUCUCUGCCCGAAGAAUCCUGCGCUGGCAGCAGUAGGGGCACUGGUGACCAGAGAAAUAGUCUUCCUUUCCCACCUAGCAAAGAACCUUCAGCCAAAGGACUGAGUUCGCCAAAACCCAAUGAAAUGCAUAAAGCUGUUCUAGCCAUCCGACUGGAAGAGCAAGACGACAGUAAGAGAGAGGGUGGGGCUCUCCCACAAGCUUUUCCAGGCCAGCCAAUCACAAUCAGCUUCAGCCCAACUGAGGAGCAGGCCAAGCCUUAUCGAGUAGUGAAUCUCGAGAAGACUCCUAUCUGUAAGCCAUAUACGGUGGUGGAUGUGUCUGCCUCUAUGGCCACUAAAAAUGAACACACUCACUCAAGUGAAAGCACUCCAAAGUCAAGUGGGCCCAAUGUUGUGCUUUGCCCUUCCGCUGAUCCCUGUCCUGUCUCACCCACCUCGCCUCAGUCCCCCAGAUCUCCUGUUUCACUUGUGGCAUCUCCAUCCGUUUCAUUGUCUCCGCUGAUGCCUCAGUCUCCUACAAGUUCUGCCUCUGGAGGACCCAGCGGUUUCCGCACAAAACCCGGCAGCAUCCGUUACCAAGAAGUGUGGACGUCUUGCACCAGCCCUCGACAGAAGAUCCCAAAAGUUGAUUUAACAAGUGGCUGUGCCGCUCCAAGACUAAUCAAUCACAAAUCAGCUCCCACAUCUCCAACUGCAGGCUUUGGCUCAGCCCGCACAGUCCCAACUAAAUCUCCUAACUUGUCUGAGAUCAAAUUUAACAGCUACAACAAUGCCGGCAUGCCCCCGUUUCCCAUCAUCAUCCGCGAUGAGCCUGCAUAUGCACGCAGCUCCAAAAAAGCAGUGAAAGUUCCCAUAGUGAUUAAUCCCUGUGCAUACGAUAACCUAGCUGUUUACAAGAGUUUCCUGGGGCUCAAUGGUGAGGUGCCACAUUCCAAGCCUGGGGCCAGAGAGCGAGUGGCCAGCCACACAUAUGAGGAGAUUGGAUCUUCUGAAAGUUCCCAGCCCUCGCCGUCUGAGCAGACACCAUCUCAGAUGAAGCACACAACAGAUGUAACUGCUCCUGGGGAUUUGAGAACCACCAAAGUAUCCGCACAGACUAUAAAUGAUGGCAAAUCCAGGACUACGACAGUUGUCUCCGUCCUUCCUGCAGGUAGCAUGAGCCCUGGCCCUGCUGUUUUGGCACAUAGCAGUCUGGAUCGUAUUCGUAACCCCAGCAGUGAGCAACCAGCAGAGGGCAGCAAAGAUUGCCAGGUCACAUCGAAUGGAAGUUCAGGUCAGAGAGAGAAAGCAAGUGCUGUUCUGUACGGCUUAAGUCAGCUUCCAGUUCAGGGUACUGAGAUCUCCUCAGCCACCUCUCUUCCUGCUAAGCUGGAGCUGUCGCCCCUGCGCGAGCUGACUGCCUCCUGUCCGCCCCCAGCAUCGCCCACCUCAAACAGCAGCAGGCAGGCAGAGCGAGAGGAAGAGGGAAUCACUUACACCAUCUCACACUCUCCUACAUCCAGCAGCUGCAGGGCCACGUACACCAACCUGGGUCGGUCCAGGGCCAACAUGAUCCCUGUAAAACAUCCCAGACAUCCUAAAGCAUCUGAUGACACUUUAACCUCUGAUCCAGAGGUCAUCGAAUCCACGACUAAAUCCACCCCUCCACCCCUGCCUAAAAAGUCAGUCCCACGUGCCCAAACAGAGCCAUCCGCUCUAGGUAGAGAACUCUCUGCCCCUCGACCCAAAGGAGAGGCCAGACCAGGCGGGACCAGUCUGAGUGUCGCCAAUCCACUCUACGAUCUCGAAUCCACAUGGGACACGACCAGUCAGAGCUCCUCACUCAGCUCGGAGGCACGACAUCCUGACGAAUCUGGAGACUCCCUGGAGCGUCCCGUGGGUGGGCAGAGCCUGUCUUGCCUAACCAAUAGCAGCUCCAUGCAGGCAUGCGACCUCCGAGGCUUCCGAAGUACAGAGAGUCUGACAGCCCGGACGCGAGGGGUUGGGAGACCCGCUAAAGCCCAGAAACAAGUGCCGUACAGAGGCAUGGAGAGCUGGGAGGAAGUGGUCGGGAGGAUCCGAGGCCUGCACACGGAUACCCUUCGCAAGUUGGCAGCCAGAUGUGAAGAUCGAUUUAUGGCCGGACAAAAAGAUCAUCUACGCUUUGGAACAGACAGCUGGUCUCAUUUCCGGCUGACUGCAGGAAAACCCUGCUGCGAGGCAGGAGAUGCUGUGUACUACACAGCGUCUUUCGCUAAAGAACCUCUGACAAACUACGCCGUUAAGAUCUGUCGAGGUGUGGUGAAGGAGACUCAGCAGCAGUUUUUUCACAGCCUAGCAGUUCGGCAGAGUAUCGCUGUUCACUUCAACAUCCAGCAGGACUGUGGGCACUUCCUGGCAGACGUUCCGGCCCGCCUGCUGCCCUGGGAGCGAGAGAAGGAUGGAGAAGACAAGCAAGGCGGUACAGAAGGAGGAGAAGAGGGAAAAGGAAAGGAGGGUGAGAGAGAUGCGGCAGGUCCGGGCGGGAAACUCUGCAGCCGUGUUGUGGUGAUCACUCGAGAGGUGCCGUUCCAGACGGUGGCGGAUUUCGUACGGGAGGGUGUGGAGAGGCACGCGCGAAACCCUGAGCUGUACGAACGCCAGGUGUGUCUGCUGCUGCUGCAGCUGUGUGUAGGACUAGAGCAUAUGAAACCCUACCACGUCACACACUGUGACCUGCGGCUCGAGAACCUCCUCCUGGUGCACUGUCAGCCCGGGAACCCUUGGAACCUGGAACUGCUGGAACCAAACAACAACACUGCAUCCGGACCUUCCUCCACCGCAGCUUCUGCUUGCCCUGCCCGCCUCAUCAUCAGCAACUUCUCUCAGGCCAAACUCAAGAGUGUGGUGCUGGAACCCGCUUCGCUCCGAGACCAGUCCCGUCUGGCACCUGAGCUCCUCACUGCCACUCAAUACCGCAAGUGUGACGAAUUCCAGACCGGCAUACUGAUCUAUGAGAUGCUGCAUCGACCGAACCCAUUCGAGGAAAGUCCAGAGCUAAAGGAGAGGGAAUACUGCAGCUCUGACUUGCCCCAGCUACCCCUGCGAUCCCUGUACUCCAAUGGCCUUCAACAGCUUGCCACGUUGCUACUCAAUCCCAACCCUACCGAGCGCAUCCAGAUGGCGGACGCCCGGGCUUGUUUGCAGUGUUUGCUGUGGGGCCCCCGAGAGGAUCUGUUCAAUUUGCUGAACCCCUCCUCCGGGACAGUCCAACGCCACACCGUCCUGCAGAACUGGCUGGACCUGAAGCGAACGCUUAUGAUGAUCAAGUUCGCUGAGCGUUCUUUGGACACUGGCUGCGGCGUGAGUCUGGAGGACUGGUUGUGCUGUCAGUAUCUGGCCUUUGCCACCACCGAAUCUCUCAGCAGAGUGAUCAAGAUCCUGCAGCAGCCACAGGGCGUGCUUAUCUAAUCGCAGCCGAACACGCCAAUGAAGCUGGGACGUCUAGACAUAUGCGCUGUACAGACGUGUGGUUUUUUUUUUGUUGAGGAAACCGUUUGACUUUGUUCGUGAAUGUGUUUGGGUUUGGUUUACUUUUAAUACCAUGCAGAGAGUCCGAACGAACCGUUUACAGGAAGAAAAGUGACUAAGUGAAGUCAUAUUUAACUCCACAGAUAAUGGCACAUUUAUAGAGCUGCUUUUAUAAACAAGUGAAACUGCAUGACUUGUGUGUAUGUGUGCGUGUGUUGUAGGUUUUCUCCCGGUGUGUUUAGUUACGCUUUUUAUUCUGCUGUAGGGACUCAUGUAUAUCAGCAGGAAACCACUGAUCCGACAUCAGCUGCAUCAUGAUUUAUGAUUCCAGAAGCUCAUGAAACAAUUGGAUAGCUAUUAUAUAAUCAUCACAUAUUAGAGUUUGUGUGAGGGAUGUCAAAUUAAGGGUUCUCCAGUGGUUACGUUAAGUCACUGAAAAAUGAAUUUAAGUCUAACAUGCCUUACUUUAUAAGUGUCUGUGUGUGUAUAUAUAUAUAUAGAGAGAGAGAGAGAGAGAUUUAUGGAAAGAGGCAAAAACGUCAUCUUUCAUCAGUCAUUUCACUCAAAUAUGUUUUUAUCAGAUCCUGAUAUAUCGUACAGAUUAGUUCGAGUACAGAUUGGAUAUUUUUCUACCACAACAAGAGCACUGUAAAGUUUACCAAAGACUAAACACUCUGAACCACAAAGAACAAAACAUAUUUUUACAUUUUGCAUAGUCAAAGAGAAGAUAUAAAUUAUUUUCCUCUUAUAGAAAGUGUCCUUAUGUACCUAAAACAAAUGCAGUUUGGUUCUUCAGCAGUACUUAGGCUCUCCAAAGUACACAGGAGCAUUUCCAAUCAGAGGGAUUGGCACCAAACUCGGUCUAAUCAAACUAGAGUCACUCCAGAUUCUGAUCGUAGCGUUUACACUUGCAGUAAAGGCUCUGAACUGCUUUUGAGACAUAUCAGGAUGAAUAUAACCCUGACCUUACCCGGAUAUCACUACGCGGAUGUAUGUGCAAUCAUUAAAAGCAAGUGUUAACAUUUGUUACAGUAUUUUAGACAUAUUUAACGCACUUGAUAUUCUCAGCAUGCGAUUAUUCUUUAUCUUCCUGUUCCUGUUUGGCACAUAACUGAUGAGAAUGCAAGCUUUGGGAUCAGACUCUCAGAGAGGCGUAUGCGAGGAUAUUUGAUUGUGUAUGUGAAGCAUUAGUUUGAACCAGGGAUGGCACAUUCUUCAGCAUUUUGUCCUUGUUGUAUGUAGUGUUAUUUUGAGGCGUGAGUGUGUGUUUCAUGCUAUGGCAAUAUAGAUAUGGACUUCAGAGUGAAGUGUGAGACACACACAAGCUGCAUCCCAGUUUGCUUACUCAUGCAUACUACAGGUAUGUACUUCAGUGGUGAUGGGAAAAAUUCAUACUUUUGAGUAUGUAGUAUGCUAGUAUUGCAGUACAUUAUGUAAUAAAAUUAACACAUUGUAUGUAAACGUUGACUUGUAGAUACAUUUAUGAUUCACUAUUACAACAAAAAAGUUGAUAAAGAACUGUUACAAGCUCCGCCUCUUCUGUAGCGCAAGGGGAUUGUGGGUAAUAUUGGCUCAAAAGGCAUCCACAGAAAGUACAUACCAUCCGUCUUUAGAUAUAAUAUUUUUUGACAUACUAUUGAUUUGCAUACUUUAUAGUAUGGAUAGUAUGCAAAUUGGGAUGCAGAUAUUGUCAUCCGUUUCUAUUUUUAUUUAAUUUACAUAUUCAAAAGAAAGGGAUUUAAUGAUUGUUAGUGCUGAGAAAGGGUUCGUGUGAGGUCAUAGCGUCUCUGUCAAUCACAAACUAGGGCGGGACCACUGGUUUGCUCCCAUCUUCCAUUUCCAAAGCAGCAGUUACGGUUUCAUCAAUUCUAUUUGAGAGAAACGGGAAUAUUGUGUGUGUGUGUGUGUGUGUGUGUGUGUGUGAGGAAAAAUUGCAGUGUGCGUCACGCUGAAUGUUUGCGGGUCACACCGUAGCAAUAUGUUGUAUUGAAUUGUAUUUGUAUAUAAUAAUUUGUGUAGUUUAAAUUCAUUUUAGCAUUACGGGCACGAUUCUGUGUCACAGAAAGAACUUGAGAGAGAGUGAAAGUGUCAGCAGAUGUCUGUAAUCUGGAGAUUGUGUGUGUUUUGGCUCAACCACCAUCAAUUUAUCAGUUUCUUUCACAUCAUUUCACUGAAAUCAUGUAUUUACUGUUAUUUACAAAAUGUUUAUUGCCAGUGAUGAUUUUACAAAACUGCUUUUACCUACAACUGCAUUUCUCAUGGUAUUUAGCUCUACAUUACUGAGUUAACUGCUCAUAAUAAAACUAUGAAUAUGUUUUUAAAACAAGACUUGUUU